UUCCUUUCGGCUUUAUAUUAGCAACUACUCUAUUUUCUUACUUCUCCCCACUUUUCCCUCAAAAUCUUUCCAUCCUCCCACUUUUCUUCCUUAACAAACAAAGGGUAAAAGUCUGCCAUUCUUCCUCGUCUUUCUUCAACACGAAACUCUAACAUGGAGGGCUCAACAACUCCUUUGCACAUUGCGAUGUAUCCAUGGUUUGCUUUUGGCCACAUUACUCCAUACCUUCACCUCGCCAACAAACUAGCCCAGAAAGGCCACAAAAUCUCAUUCUUCAUUCCCACCAAAACUCAAUCCAAGAUCAACCACUUGAAUCGCUCCCCUCAUCUCCUAACCUUCUACCCAAUCACCGUGCCCCACGUAGAUGGUCUCCCUUCCGGCGCCGAGACCACCAACGACGUCCCUUCCUCCUUAAUCCCACUCAUCAUGACCGCCAUGGACAGUACUCAAAACGACAUCGAGCUUCUCCUACUACAUCUCAAACCCCACCUCGUUUUCUAUGAUUUAGUCUAUUGGAUUCCCAACUUGACUCGCCGCUUAGGCCUCAAAUCCUUGCACUUUUCUGUCGUGAGUGCUGUAUCAACCGCUUUCAGCUCAGCCCCUGCCAAGUACUUGAGCCUCAAGGGAAGAGAACUUUCUGAGUCUGACAUCAUGAAACCGCCGCCUGGAUUCCCAGAUUCAUCGAUCAACCUCCAUCUCCAUGAAGCCCGAGGCUCUCUCAAGAGAAGAGAUAUGAAGUUUGGUGGUGAUGUUGUCUUCUGUGAUCGUUGGUUUAUGAGCUUAACCGAAUGUGAUGCUCUAGGAUUCAAGGCUUGUAGAGAACUCGAUGGCCCAUUUGUUGACUACCUCGAAACAGAGUUUGGGAAGCCUUUGUUGCUUUCGGGACCUCUUAUACCAGAGCCAUCAAUCUCCUCUCUAGACCCAAAAUGGGUUGACUUUCUAGGUGGGUUUAAGCCAGGUUCGGUGAUUUACUGCGCUUUUGGAAGUGAGGUGAUAUUGGAGAAAGACCAAUUCCAAGAACUGUUGCUCGGCUUGGAGCUGUCCGGGCAUCCCUUUUUGGCAGCGUUGAGACCACCUUCUGGUGCCGAUUCAUUAGCCAUUGAAGAAGCUUUACCAGAUGGGUUUGAAGAGAGAGUUGGAGGAAGAGGAGUGGUUCAUGGGGGUUGGAUUCAACAACCACAAAUAUUGGAACACCCAUCUGUUGGUUGCUCUGUUACUCAUUGUGGGUCGGGUACUAUAUUUGAGAUAUUGGUGAAUCAAUGCCAGAUAGUGAUGAUACCCAAUUGUGGUGAUCAGAUCUUGAAUGCGAGGCUGAUGGGAAAUAAUCUCAAGGUUGGAGUUGAAGUGGAGAAAGGUGAAGAAGACGGGUUGUUUACUAAAGAGAGUGUUUGCAAAGCCAUUAGUACAGUAAUGGAACAAGGCAAUGAGGUUGGGAAAGAGGUCAGAUCAAACCGUGCCAAGUUAAGGGAGCUUCUUCUUAGUAAAGAUAUGGAGUCUUCUUACAUUGAUGAUUUUAUUCACAAGCUUCAGGCUUUAGUAUUGCGGUAGACAUUUGUACCACCAUGAACUUCAAUCAAAAUAAUAAGCAUUGUGAUAGUUUCCAUUUUGUUCCAUUGCAAGUAGCUCUAACACCCUUGAUUGUGUUGUUUAUUUAUUUAUU